CAGUAAUCAUUGUGCUUUUGACUACGGUUCCAUCUAACGAUGCAGUCCAGUGCUGUAAUUUUCACACUGUGUCUCGGCCUAGUUCUGGCCAACCCUCUCGGGGACAAAAAUCAAAGGAUUGUCAAUGGCGAAAUCGCUGAACGUGAUCAGUUCCCGUACGCAGUAGGAUUGCUCACUCCAACUGGGAUUUGCGGAGCAUCGCUAAUUUCGGCAAAUUACGUCUUAACGGCCGCGCAGUGCAUCAAUGGCUUCACAUCUGUCACCGUAGUGCUUGGAUCUACUAGGAUAUUCGACGUUAUGGAUGAAGGGCAAAUCCGUAUGGAGGCUACAGUAUUGAAAGUACAUCCGGGAUACGAAAUCGCACCAGACAUCUUUGACGUGGGGUUGAUUCAACUGCCACAAAGUGUUUCUGAUCUGAGACCAAUUCGUUUGCCGAACUUGAGACAAGUGGAAGCCUCGUUUACUGGCCAGCAGGCGACAGUUGUCGGUUGGGGUAGCACCAGCAAUAAUGGGCCACAAUCCAUGGAUCUGCGGUUCACCCGUUCGACAGUCAUCUCGGUUACUUCGUGCCGAUUGGGGCUUCCAACGCAACAGAUAACCGAUAAUCACAUUUGCACCGAAUCGUCCGAAAGUGCCCCUUGUCAGGGAGAUUACGGCAGCCCUCUGACCAUCGUGGAUGUGGAUGGUAUUACGAAGCAAGUGGGAGUGUUCUCGUUCACUUCCAUUUUGGGAUGCGAAAGCAAUCGACCCUCGGUGUAUACACGAAUGUCCUCGUACUUGCAAUGGAUAGGCGAUAACUCGGACGUGGAUAUUCGCGAAGGAUUUGAUUAGGGUUUUCGGAAAAUUUACCCGUAUGAUUAAGAAUUGAAACACAAAUAAGUUUAAUAAAUGAUUGAAAAAUUUUAUAAUUAAA